UCUAAUAAAUAAAUAUUUCAGAAAAAAUGUCAGCAUUGUCUGAAUCCAGUAGUCUUGUUCGUCGUCCGUCCAAUAAAGAUGGCGGAGUAAUUAACCAUGAUUGGCCCACGCUUCUCCUCGUCUUUGCAGCAUUUAUCACGUUUGUGGUGACCGCUGCGUUCAAUGGACUCAAUGGGUCAGGAGCAGGAUUAGGAUCGGUUUUUAUCAACACAGUUGGGAAUAUAAGUGAUAAAUACUAUACAUAUGUAACACCAGCAGGAUUUACAUUUACAAUCUGGUCUGUUAUAUAUCUAUGGAUAGCUAUUUCUUUGGUUGCUCUGAUUGUAUCCCUCUUCAUGCACAAUCAGAAAGGAAGGUUGUACCUAAACCCUUUGUUUGCAUCUCCUCUUCUCAUGGUUACAAUGUCGGUCAACUUUAUUCUCAACCUAGCCUGGAUAUUCAUAUUUGAUAGAGAGUAUUUGAUUGCUGCAUGUGUUAUACUGAUACUGAUCGCUGCUACUGGUAUUGCUGUGGUUGGAAUGAUGGCUAGAAAUGUAGAAAAGUAUAGUGAAGAAUAUGCUAAGGGAACUGAUAUGUUUAUCUGGGGGAUUCUUUACAGAUUUAUGAUGAAUGGGUUCGCAGUCUACGCUACCUGGACUGUAAUUGCCAGCUUAUUAAACUUUACCAUAGCUCUAGUAUAUGCAGGAGAUACUGAUUUAAAGGCAACUAGCUUGGCUGCUCUAUCCUUACUGGUCAUAUUUCACGUAACCUGGUUUAUUCUAGAGAACUUUGUUUUUGAUAAGUAUGUCAGGUACCUAUUAACCCCCUAUCUGGUUGUUAUGUGGGCUAGUAAUGGUAUCCGUGCUAGCCUAGCGAGUAAAUCAGAUACGCCUGCAGAGAUCACCUCGUUUGUUCUAAGUAUCCUUGUGAUAGCAAGUAUAACUAUGAUAAUACGUAUAAUUAUUGUUGUCGUCAGAUCUCUCAGGAAGCCAGAAAAGAAAAGAAUUUCAGUUUCUGCGAUUUAGAUGUAUGUAGAGCUAUAUAUAUGUAUUUGAUUAUACACUAUGCUCCAAAAAACAUGGGAACUAAAAGACGACCUAAAAAUAUUCUUAAU